UCCCGUCUACCCACCCCUCUCCAGCUCCUCUUCCUCUGUGUUGAAUGGUUCACAGCUCAGGGAUUUCAUGUAUUCAUCAAUUUGACAAAUACUUAGCCCUGUGCUGGGAACUAAAUGCAGAUUACGUUCAUGCCUUCAAGUGGACCAGCCUGGUGCAAUAAACAGAACUAGACCAAGCAGUCGACACUCUGGUGUUGGGUGAAGCGGGGGAACACGGAAGGGGAGCACCUGACAUAACCUGGGCUGUGCUUCUGGAAUGCUUGCUCAAAGAGGUAACCCGGAAGCUGAAUCUAGGAGAACAAACCCGGGGUGCCGGUGGGAGUCCGGUGGAGGGAAAUGGUACACAGGUGAAUUCAUCACCCAGAGAGAAGUAAUUUGCUAAUAGAAGAAAAGGAGGCCGGAGAGAGAAACGGGGGCCACAUGUGGUCGUUUAGGAGGUGGAAGCUGUAAGAUUAAUGGGGGUGAGGAUUAAGGACAAAGUCCUGACAAGCACAACAGCUAAGAGACAGGCUGAAGGAGAGAUGGGGUGGCAAGAGAGGUAGGAGAAAAACCUGGAGAAACAAGCCAACAUUCUCGGUGGAGCUAAGGAGAAUCGUCUCCACGGUCACUUAAGAUGAGGACCAAGAACUUCCCAUUGGGCCUGACAAUGAGGUCUCCUAGAGACUUUCGUGAGUGUGCUUUUGGUGAAGUGGAAGGGAUAAAAGUCAAGUUGCUGUGGCUUAAAUCAAGGGAGGGGUGCAGAGGAAGGUUAGACAAGCAGCACAGUUUGGGCUUAAAUAUCCUAGUUUCCUCUUUCCCUUCUCUUCCAACCCUUGCUCAAUUAUAACCCCAAAUCGCUCCCCAUUUUCUCGAAGCUCUGUAGCCUUGGCGGCUAGCACUGUAUCCAAAACAUAGUCACUCAAUAAAAUUUGAUUGAACAGUAACCCCACACUCUAACCAAUAGGGGGAGCUAAAAGAAAAUCACUCUCAUCUGCAGAAGGAGCUGGAAGAUAUCCCUGAGAAAGUGUUAACCACACACUGACCUCUAGGAGGAGCUUCAGGCUUCUUCCAGACAUUGCUGAGGAAAACUCGCUUGAGGAGUCUGCGUCAAGAAGUACCACCUUUAGAAAUCCUCACCAGCCAGCUUUCUGUUUCCGGAGCAUCCGUACCUGAUCCGCCCCAGGCAUGAAGGCUCUCCAGUUGAUAGCAGGGAUGGUCGUCCUUACCUGUGUGUUUCUGGCCUGUGCUGCACAAAGUCCAAUGACCGUGCUGUGCUCCAUAGAUUGGUUCAUGGUCACUGUGCACCCGUUCAUGCUGAAUAACGACGUCUACGUGCACUUCCAUGAGUUACACUUGGGUCUGGGCUGCCCCGCCAACCACGUUCAGCCACACGCCUACCAGUUCACCUACCGUGUCACCGAGUGCGGCAUCCGGGCCAAGGCUGUCUCCAUGGACAUGGUUAUUUACAGCUCGGAGCUGCACUACGCUUCGAAGGGGACUUCUUCUAAGUACAUGAUCCCUGUGUCCUGCACUGCUCCCCGGCAGUCCCCGUGGCUCCCUCCACCCUGCCCGGUGAGAGUAGCCAAUGGGACAGUCACUACAGCCCAACACGACGGGGCGAGCUAUGACGUGUUCACCUUGUCUCAGUCCAGCCAAAGGCCCGACUGCGACUGUCCGCCCUGCGUAUUCGGUGAAGAAGAGCACGUCCAGGCCCCGCAGGGCCAAGCGGAGGCUCAGGAGGGCCAGCACCCGUCUGCUUUUGUGGAUCUUUCUGAGGACUGGUCCCUUCACUCGGAUGAUCCCACUGGGUCCAUGUGAUCGCCGGGUUUGCGGAGUCCCUCGGGAGCUUUUUCUAACAUUAGUAUAUAAUAUUUUCUAUUAUUAGACAAAUAAGUUUGUUGCUAGCCCCCUUACUAGUGCCUUUGAGAGAGGGCAGCUGAUGGUUAUUUCAUGAAUAAAAUUGUUUUAUAUUUUUAUAUCU